AUGGGUCAACCUGUUCACGAUUCGUCGCUUUGCGAUAGAGCCAAGCGAUGCAUCAACAAUAUUUCGGAUUGCUCCAGUUCUCAACACGAUCGAAAGCGUGUUCGUUUGAGCUACGAAAAUCAAGGACCGCCUGUGAACGAAUCUAUUCGUCCAACUGUUCCCAUACGAUAUGAAUAUGUCCUCGCUGGAGCUGUCUCAAACCCAUCUCCCAGUGAUGGAUAUUUCCCUGCUCAAAGUGCUCCCAAUCAAACUGUUGCCACAUACCAAAAUCCCAUCAACUAUGCAUUUUUCCCUAUUCCAGAAGAUGCCCGCCAAAAUGCUGCUAAUCCAGGCGUCCCAGGCCGAAGUCGCGUCUAUGAAUUUGUUCAAGUUCCAACCAUUCCCGAUGAAGAUGUCGCUAGCCCAGGUGCCUCAGAUGUCUCUAGCCAGACUGCCUUAGAACAAGCUAUUUCCGAAUCUCGUCAAGCUAUAAUCCAAACUGACGCUGAUAAAGCUCUCGUCAAUGAAUUUGCCACUGUGCUAGCUAUAGCCAGUCAAAUUCCCGUCCAUCACGCUGCCGCCAUGCAAAGGCCGGUCAGAUUUACAGUCAAUCAAUCAAUGGCACCCUCCCCUGGGAUUCUCUUUCUUCAGAUAACUUCGUUGAGUCAGGGCCGUGAAUUGAUAAGGCGGUGGGAAGUUUCGGACUAUGCUCAUGUUAGGAUAAAUGAGAUCUCUUUCACACUGGGAGAUGACUCGGAUAACCAAACAAUAGCCGCCAAUCAAAAUGCUACUUUUCUGACCGAUCAAGCUGCCGCAGAUCAAGCUCUCAUGAACCAAGCUAUCACAGGGCUAGCUAAUGCCCUCCAACAUUUUACCGGCACCGCCAGUCAAGUAACCGCGAGUUUCUUCAUGAUGCUCUAUUCUCGGUUGUAUGAAGCAGGUGGAAGUCGACGCGAAAUGGUGCGUCGUUGGAUUCAAUCGGGCAAUGCCCGUUUACCCGUAAAUAUCAAUGUUCCAGGAUUUGCGGUUGCAUCAGUUGAGAAUUCGAAUGGGGCACAAAUCACGCAAACGACAAUAGCAUCUCGAGCAAGGGAAGCUAUGGAAGCUGAGUUUCAGCGCAGGAUCCGACUAGAGCGACAGUCAAUAUCAUUAUUUCAGCAAGAGCAUGGCAAUGAUGCUAGCCUGCGCCACCGUCAGGAGGAACCUGGGGCCGUGGAACAACUAAGGGACGAAAAUCAAGACUCUGACGCUGCAAAUUUGUUUCCUCACAAUCCAUUUUUUCGUGGAUUUACAGGGGAAGAAAUUCAUGCUCAAAUACUGACAAAUCAAAGAUCUCGUCGAGGGAUGAAUGGUGCGUCGUCUGGCGAGGACCGCCGCAUGGAGAUGAGUAAUCGCGGACGAAGAAAUGCCAUUCAAUUAGGAAGUCGUGCAUUAUUUCCAGGCAACAAUGACACUGUGACUGAUUCUGGACCUCAAGAUGUUGAUGGUUCAUAG